CCCCUGGAGCCCUGCAGCGAGUCAACGAACAACUACCCGAGUGAGAGGAAACUCCCGUCUGUGUGUCUGUCACGCUGAACGAAAACAAACGUGUUGGACUGAGUUGCGCGCACGCUGUUGAAAUAAACGAGGCAACAAUGUCUGAGGGAAUUAUCACCAGAAUUAGUCUUCUUCUGCUCAUCAUCAGCUCGACAAUGGCCCAGGACUGUUCCGAUCCCUGUGAUUGCCCGUCGGACCCCCCUCCAUGCCCGUUUGGUACCAGCCUGGUUCUGGAUGGCUGUGGUUGCUGUAAGGUGUGUGCCAGACAAGCCGGUGAGCCCUGUACCCUCCUGGAGCCAUGUGACCACCACAAGGAGCUUUACUGUGAUUAUGCAAUGCUGAGUGACACUGAGCACGGCAUCUGCAUGGCCCAGGAAGGCCAGACGUGUGACCUGGGAGGGGUCAUCUACCGCAGUGGAGAGACCUUUCAGCCCAGCUGCAAGCACCAGUGUGUCUGUAUGAACGGAGAGAUUGGCUGCGUACCAACCUGUGCCAACAGCGUGCUGCUGGCCUCUCCAGAUUGCCCAUACCCACACCGCAUCCAGAUCCCUGGGAAGUGCUGUGAGGAGUGGGUGUGUGAUCAGAGUCCUCAGGACAACCCUUAUCAGUCAGCCAUGGCUGGAUCUGAAAUUCACCCCUUGGUCUCUUCUUCCCCUCUGUCAGUCUACAGAGAGGAGUCAGCCCACGGGCCGGUCCCGGCGGAGAGCCCCAGGGAGAACUGCAUCGUCCAGACCACCAAAUGGGACGAGUGCUCGGCCACCUGCGGCAUGGGCGUGUCGUCCCGCGCCACCAAUGACAACGAGCGGUGCCAGCUGGAGAGACAGACUCGUGUCUGUAUGAUCCGGUCCUGCCACGUGGAGCAAGAGAAGGACAUCAAGAGGGGGAAGAAGUGCGUACGGACCCCUAAGUCCCCACGCGGAAUUCGUUUCUCUCUGUCAGGCUGCAGCAGCAGCAGGAUCUACAAGCCCAAGUUUUGUGGUGUGUGUACGGACGGGCGCUGUUGCACGCCCCACACCACCAUCACCGCCGAGGUGGAGUUCCACUGCCCCGAGGGAGACACCUUCAGACGCAAGAUGAUGUUCAUCAAGACGUGCUCCUGCCACCACGACUGUCCACGAGACAAUGACAUCUUCCUGGCUUCGCACACACGCAGAAUGAUCGGGGACUAUGACAACGAUAUGUAACCGACAUGGCUGCCAUACGCACUGCACAGAUAACAUUACAUAUACAUACAUAUACACACACACACACACACACACACACACACACACACACACACACACACACACACACACACACACAC